GUGCGCGUCUGCAAGUGAAUGGCAAGCGUAGCAAGGGACGCUUGCAUUAUUGUUAUAAUUUGACCAAAAUAUAAGUUUCAUUUGUAAUUUGUAUGCCUCGCUACAAUUAAAUACAGAAGUAAUGAAAACCGAACUAAACGAAAAAUGGAUUGUAUGUCGGGUGUGCCUAAGCAAUCCCAACGACGGCGAAGAUCUAUUACUGGACAUAUUCAGCCAAAAUGCCAGCACCCGCCUUGAUCAGAUGCUCCACAUCUGUGCUGGAAUCCCUGUUAGCAUUGAUGACAACUUUCCGGACAAGAUGUGCAGCAAAUGCGUACGAGUGCUACGUAUUGCAUACAAAUUCCGCUUGACUUGUCAGCGCUCGCAUCAACAUAUAGCAGAUAUGCUUUCUACGGAAUUGGAUACGAGCUUCGGUGGGGGUAAUGAGGACGAGGCAGAAGAUGAGGCUAUAGCGCAUGCAUGGGAAGAGCAGACACAAAUCAAAAUUGAAGGCGACGUCGAAGAAACAAGCGGUGAAUUCAUAAAUUAUGUAGUUUCAGGAGACGACGCUGAUGAAGACGGGGAGGGAGAUGUGGAUGCCAUUGUUUUCGAUGCCACCAACUCUGUGGAGGAACAAAGUACCGUUGUCUAUGAUGACACAACGGUUGUUGAAGUGGCAGAGGCAGAAGUUGAGACGGAAACCGAGGUCGAAAACUUUGCAGACUAUGAGGAACUGGAAGUUCUGGCAUCUGAAUCACUACCCCAAAGCAGCAGUACAGAGCAAAACAAAAUAGCCACUCAGCAAAUUGUAUGGAGCGAGGUGCCCGAUGAUGACAUGAAACAUGAUAUCUUAAGCUCCGAUGAUGAAAGUUAUCUGCCCGAAGUUAAGGCGCAACCACGUUUGUUAAAUCGUGUACGACAGCCACGGAAAGUGCAUCUGCGAUCCAAGACGACUUCGGCCUCAUUAGAUGGUGUCCACGAGGAGAAGAAAAUGGGGCGCAAGCCGCGCGACAAGCAUUCCAAUUAUAUUUGCGAUGUUUGUGGUAACAUUUAUCCCUCACAGGCACGUCUCACCGAACACAUGAAAUUCCACAGUGGCGUCAAGCCGCACGAGUGCGAGAUCUGUGGUCGUGGAUUUGUCCAGAACCAACAACUGGUGCGGCAUAUGAAUACGCACACUGGCAAUCGACCUUACAAGUGCAAUUUCUGCCCUGCCGCCUUUGCUGAUCGUUCCACCAAGACAAAACAUCAUCGCAUACAUACUAAGGAGCGCCCAUAUGAAUGUGAUGUCUGCCUGAAAACAUUUACAUAUUCGGACAAUUUGAAAUUUCACAAGAUGAUACACACAGGUGAAAAGCCGCAUGUUUGUGAUCUGUGUGGCAAAGGAUUUGUCAAAGCCUAUAAAAUGCGACUGCAUCGUGUGACGCACGAAAAACGUGGACCCUGGAAGCCUGUUGAGUUGGAUUUGGAGGGGCAAGAGCGUAUUAAAGAUAAUGUGUCCGAGUUGGUUAUUGGCAUAUUGCCACCGGCUUAGGCUUUGUACAAAAAAUUUAAUUAUAAAAUUAUAUAUUAUUUGAUAUUAUUUCAUAAGUUGCUAAUUGUUUUACUAUUGCUACCUUAAAAGCAGUUUGGGAUAAUUGAUGCCAAAACAAAAACAACGCCAAAUUAUUG